AUGUCCCUCCCAACCGAACACAAAGUCUGGGUGCUCGCCAACCCGCCCGCAGCCUACGUCCAGCCCGACACGUUCGCGCUCGAGACCCGGGCCCUGCCUCCCGUGGCCGACGACCAGGUCCUCGUCAAGAUCAAGUAUCUCUCCAACGACCCUAUCGUGCGCACACUUAUUAGCGCUGCCAUCCCGCGCGGCGGGACCAUUGCGACCUCGGGACUCGCCGAGGUGGUCGCGUCCAAGUCGGCCGCGUACGCGCCCGGCGACCUCGUGUCGGGCCGUUUCGACUGGGGCGACUACGCCGUCGUCCCCGCCACCGCCCUCACGGGCAAGGCCAUCGAGCUGCCCGGCAAGCCGUACGCGUCGCUGAGCGUGCUGGGCCUGGGCUCGCUGACCGCCUAUUUCGGCGUGUUUGACCAACUCAAGGUCGCCGCCGACGACGUCGUGGUCGUCUCCAGCGCCGCCGGGUCGGUCGGCUCGGCGGCGAUCCAGUUCGCCAAGCACGUCGCAGGCGCCAAACGCGUCGUGGGCAUUGCGGGCGGCGCGGACAAGUGCGCGUGGGUCAAGUCGCUCGGCGCCGACGACUGCAUCGACUACAAGAGCCCCGACUUCCGCGAGCGGCUCGCGGCGGCCGUCCCGGACAAGAUUGACAAAGUGUUUGAAAACGUCGGCGGCGAGGUCCUCGACACCAUCCUCCCGCUCAUGAAGCCCCACGGCCAAAUCGCCGUCUGCGGCCUGCUGUCGUCGUACAACGGCCAGCAGCAGGUGUUCAACAACUUGCUCCAGGUCAUCUCGCUCCGGAUCGACGUGCGCGGGUUUACAGUGAUGGAUUUCGUGCCCCGCUGGGCGGAGACGGCCCAGAAGGUCGCCCAGUUUGUCAAGGACGGUAAAGUGUCUGCCACGGAUACCGAGACCGUCGUGACCGCGACCGUCGACGAGAUCCCGCAGACUUGGGCGCUGCUGUUUACCGGCAAGAGCCGCGGAAAGCUGCUCACCCAGCUCGAGUAG